AGCCUCACGUAAAGGUUGACGUAGCAGCGCUGGUUGUGACUUGCGAAAUGGAGAUAGAAAGCAGUUGUUGGGAAAAACAAGCCUGUGUUUGAGGAUUCUUAAAACAAGAGGACUUCGACCGCAGCGAACCAAGUACCACCUCAGGAGCUAACACGUACCCAUGAAAUGCAGCACAUAAUAGGAUGAACAGGAAUCACCAAGAAGAUGAGUUUGUUGCAGUGCGGGUCCAAGAUCCCCGUGUUCAGCAUGAAGGCUCUUGGAAUUCAUAUGUGGAUUAUAAAAUAUUCCUACAUACUAACAGCAAAGCCUUCACAGCAAAGACAUCCUGUGUGCGUCGGCGCUACAGUGAGUUUGUGUGGUUGAAAAAGCAGCUGCAGAAAAAUGCUGGUUUGGUACCAGUUCCAGAUCUUCCAGGAAAAUCCUUCUUCUCUUUCAGCAAUGAGGACUUUCUGGAGAGGAGAAGAAAAGGACUUCAGGGCUUCUUGGACAAAGUGGUGAACACCACAGUCUGUCUUUCAGACAGCCAGCUCCACCUCUUUCUGCAGACACAGCUGCCAGUGGGUCACAUCCAGGACUGUGUUCAAGGCCACACUCCCUACUCCGUGACAGAUGCCAUCCUGACCUACGCCUCAUCCAAUCAGGGACUGGUGCAGGCUCAGGAUGAGGAUUCUAUCAAGGAGCCAAGUCUGACUGUUUCUUAUGAAUCCAUGGAAAGCCCAGCUCCUCAUCAACCCUGCCCACAAACUGAAGAGAUGUUGAGCCAGCAUUUAUCCUGCAUCCCAGAUCCUCUAGAAGACUUACUCGAGCCGUCUGAACACAGACUACAAAAGAAACCCUCAGUUAAGAUCUCUGAGAAGAAAAACCUUCUGGAGGCCGUUGUUGAGUGCGUCUGUGAACCGUCAGUAACCUUUUUUCUGGGCGACCACGAGGAUGAAGAAAGUCUCAGCCCUGUAGAAGACACCGCACAGGCAAGCUGUCAGAUCCAGACACAAGUGGAGGUGCACUCACCUGUGGAGGACUUUAGCGUGGACAGUGUGUUCGAGGAGGAGAGUAUGGAAAGAGAGGAGGACGAGGAGAGUGUUGUGACUGUGGAUACUGAAGAAAAGGCUGCUCAUGUGGAUCAGGCUGUUCCUCAAUUUGAAGUGGAGACUGAGCAGAUGAAUAGCCCUGAGGCAGCAAAUACAGAAAACCUAAACUCUGAGCCUGAGAAAUGUGUUACUUCAGUUGUUUUAGAUGUGAAGGACAAUGAGACUGAAGGUUUGAUCCAGGCAGCAAAUGACUACAUGAAGACCUCCAGCAGGAACAUUCUGGACCUGCAAAUGAACGGAUAUCCUGAGGAAAAGGAGAACAUUUCUCCCCGGGAGAAUGAAGACCUGCAGUACAUGACCUCUGUUCACCUCAACAGCGUGGCUGGCGAAGACCUGCCAGAAAACAGAAGCUUCAUCAUCUUCGAUAGCAACCGUGUGCCUGAGUUAGCCGUUGGCAAACAUGCAGAGCUGCGUUUGGACGCGUCAGACGAAACUCAGGUGGAGGUGCAUUAGUUGAAGUCUGCAGUGGCUGCUGCUUUCUGAGUGGAAAGAAUAUUAUGCUUAAAUCUCUAAACCCACAGAGUAGUAAAACUUUUUAAAAUGGUGUGUAUCUAAUUUUAGUUUAUUAUUUUCACUCAGGUCAAAUAAACACUGGCAAUAUUGACACUUCUGUCCGCUCCUGGACCUGUCACCCAGUCCUGGAUGGUGAUUUUUGUUUGAACAGCAGAGGGCGCCAUCACUCCCAUUAACAAAUGCUUUGUAUUUGACUAAUCCACGCCUAUAGAGCUAAAGGUUCUUUGUGGAGUAAUUCAAAAGCAAAGAAACCAAUUGUAAUAGAGAGAAACCCUACAUACCUGAUGCAACUAAAACCCAUCGCUUACCAACACACACGUGCAGCCGCUUAUUAAUUAGCACGGUUUACUUUGGAAAGUGUCUUUACGAUGCAGUGUUUAAUUUUUCACUGAGAAUAGGAAGGUUUGUUUCAGCAUUUGAUUUCACCGGAAUAAAAUGCAGCAGCGUUACGAUGGAAGCAAACUGUUACCUUUAACGUAUGCAUAGUCGUUAUCAAAUUUAAACUACAGUGUUUGACCUGCUUUGAAGCCACUGACUCACAUCUUCAGAGUAACAAUGUUGUUUACAAACACUAAACUUUGAGAUCUUUUCUGCAAUAUUUAUUCCUUGUGAGCUCAAGUAUUUGAAUUGUGACCACACGGUGCUCCCUCUUCUAUAACUGACUACGCUUACUUACACUGAGCAUAAAGCUCUGGUUUGAAUGAAACCUGUCUAGAUUCCAUACACUACUAUCGCUGAUCUAAAUGAUCUAAAUUCAUUUUGUUGCAUUUAAAAAAGAAGGGACUCAGAGUUUAUGGUUUAAUUUCUCAGAAAUUAUGUUUUUAUUUUUCUGGCAAAGUUUUACCUUCAGAAGGGUCAGUGGUCGCACACUGAGCAGCUGUGACAUCGUCUCCAGGCAGUAGCUGCAUUUAGUUUUCUUUACAUACAAGUACUUGAGGUAUUUUUGCAAACUUGAGUUAGUUUAACAAGAUUUUUGUUUACUGAACAAGCAAACCACUGUGGACACACAUUUACAACAAAGCUUUGAUAUGUCCAUUUACAAACUACAGUCUAAUUUGAUUUGAAAAAUAAAUCAGUGGUUUUCUUUA